UCGGCGCCGACCGACCGAAACCAACGCACAUCUCGACUGCCGGUGCGCCUUGUAAGCUACCAUAGCGCUUCCACGCGUCAAGUUUGAUUCGUCCAGUGUGGCCAGCGACCACGAGGACUACACCGACAGUGCAUCGUCCCCUUCCCACUCGAUCGGCGGCAUCCUCCAGCAGCCUAAGAUGACGUCGAGACAGCAGCCGCCGCCGCCAAAGCCGAAACGCAACUACCAGCAGAGCCCGGACGACGAGCAUGACUCGAUCGAGUCGGACGAUGCGUAUGCCGCCCCCGUCCUACCCCGCCGAGGGCGCAGCACCCGCGCGGCAUCGCAGUCGCCUCCGUCAUCGCCGCAAGCGUCACGCGGCAUGGCCGUCGCCCCGCUCAAGAGCGUAGAAGGCGAAGCCGAGACGACGAUCGGGGCGGCCGUCAAGAUGAAGGGCGAGCUCUCGUUCGAGCGGCUGCUGCGCAUCGAAGGCGAGUUUGACGGCAAACUGGUGUCGAAAGGAUCGCUCGUGAUCGGUCAAAAGGGGCUGUUGACAGGCAACAUCGACGGCAUGAAGGAAGUCUUGAUUGCUGGCGGACGCGUGCUCGGCAACAUUACAGUCGACCGCCUCGUGCUCCGCGACAAGGGGCAGAUCUUCGGCAACGUGACGGCCAAGAGCGUUCGGAUAGACCCCGAGUGCAUUGUGAUGGGCGCGCUCAACGUCAACCCGCACGCUCCUCAGCGCAUCAAUUUGAAAGGCGAGCCCGUCGUGGAAGAGCCCAAGCCCGCCGCCCCGCCGACUCCGGCAACGCCUCAACCCCCCGCCUAGACGCAUGCUCGUCGCAGCCACCCGGGACGACGACGGGUGCAUGUACCAUAGAGCGAUUCAAAAACACGGCAUCUACGCAUCAUUCGUCGUUCAUGAAGCCG